UGCGCCGUCGCGCUCUUCGGUGACUUCAGAGUUCAGUCUGUUCAGUCAGUUCAGUUCCUCUCCGCGCCUCGACACGAGCGUUUUGAUUCUGUGAGUUAGUGUGUCGCUGCUUCGGCUUCCUCCUUCCUGCAUCAAGUUGCGAGCCAUCGUUGCGUCAACAAAUUGAGAGUUUUUUAAGUGCUUCGUCUCUCCUGCAUCCGCAACCGACGCUACGUCAUCAUGGCUGAGAGCAAGGGCGCGUUAAUCGCGAAAACAGUGCAGAAACACGCGGGCAGAGCGAAAGAGAAGUUUCUUCAGAAUCUGGGCAAGGUUGAUCGAACCGCGGACGAUAUAUUCGACGAGCAUCUGCAGAACUUCACAAGGCAGCAGAACUCCGCCAACAGACUGCAAAAGGAGUUCAACAAUUACAUCAGGUGUGUUCGAGCGGUGCAGGCCGCUUCAAAGACGCUCAUGGACUCGUUGAAUGAGAUCUACGAGAGUCAAUGGACCGGACACGAUCUAUUGUACGUGCAGGCACAAAAUCUUGACAUGCUGUGGCAAGAUUUCACUCACAAACUUGCGGACCAGGUUCUUGUACCACUCAAUACGUAUCAAAGUCAAUUCCCAGAGAUGAGGAAAAAGGUCGACAAACGCGGACGCAAACUGGUGGAUUACGACAGUCAAAGACACAACUUCCAGUCGUUGCAGGGUAAUCCAAAGAAGAGAGAUGAACUCAAAGUAUCCCGGGGGAAGGAGCUAUUAGAAGAAGCAAAACGUACAUAUGAACAACUAAACUCAGAGCUGCACGACGAACUGCCAGCAUUAUACGACUCGCGCGUUCUUUUCCUCGUCACAAAUUUGCAGACACUCUUUGCCGCAGAGCAAGUGUUUCAUACUGAAAGUGCCAAGGUAUAUUCUGAAUUAGAAGCAAUCGUUGAUAAAUUGGCUAACGAAAGUCAGCGAGGAUCUUACACGUUGAAGAAGAAUACGGAACCGCAAUCACCGAAGUCACCCAAUGCAAACUCAUCCCUAAUAAUUAAUACGCAGCCGGCGCAGAACAAUAUCUCAGGAGCUUUAGAUGAUACCGCGCCCGUUGCUAGAGACACGUCGCCGACCACCCAGAUAAACGGCAACGCUAACAGCAACGCUAAUAGCAACGCUAAUAGUAACGCUAAUAGCAAUGAUAACUCUCUCAAUAAUCAGGAUGUGUCGCCGCAGAACGCAGUCGCGCCUUCUAAACGAGUCGAGGAACUGUAUGAUAUUCCAGUUGACAGGUCCAUGACUAACGGGGCGGACUCAAUCAUUCUAGAGGCGGAAUAUGAAAAUGCUGCUAAUUUCUCUAUAGGGGCGACAACAGACAAUCUGCCGCCGGGUGUUUUAUACAGGGUUAAAGCCACUUACAAAUACAGUCGUGAGGAUGUGGACGAAUUAUCGUUCGACGUUGGCGAGAUUAUUCGCGUGGUGGAAUACGACGAUCCUGAAGAACAGGAAGAAGGCUGGUUAAUGGGUAUCAAAGAAGGAACCAAUGAAAAGGGUAUGUUCCCGGGAAACUUCACGAAACCGCUGUGAAAGCUGUGCUCGAUUCGCCAUUUACACUCCAAUGCUCAUCAGAGACAGCGUAUUUUACUUUAAAGUAGUUAAAGAAUCGCGUAAUUAAGUGGGAGAUAAAGAGCCGCGCGGUCAUGCGAGAAUAAUAUUACGUACAGCGUAUAUAAGUAAAAGCAAACGGAAAAGAAAAAAGCAGGCGACAAGGUUGCAGGAGGAAUACGGAGAGGGAGCGGGGAGAAUUCGAUAAGAUAGUUAUGCUGGAGGGUACUGCGGAGAGAAUCAAUCACCCCAAAGUGCCUUAACCCAGCCACUGUCUGUGCCAACAUUCACUCUUAUUCGUCAAAACAAUAUGGGAUUGACCCUCUCAUAUCAAACGUACGAUACACAUCAUGAAUAAUAAUCAAACGACAUAUUUAAGCGACUAAAUAAUAUAUUGUAACACGUAUACACAAUAAAAAACACACCGCACAUACAUGCGAUAUACACAACGAUAUGCAAUAUUAUAUAAUAUAAAACGAAAUCUAUAUUAAAUUAAUAUUAUUUUAUGAAAUUGUGUACAUAGAUCUAUAUAUACGAUUUAAGAAUAUUUUACGAGAUAACUUUGUGACCACUGGAAAAUUAUUACUAAGAGACGUACAUCUUCAAGUUUAAAGACGUGCGCGCCACUUCAGUAAAUCCCCUUCUACUAUUUAAUGGGAGAAGGGAUCAUAAAAUUUUUAAGGUCCAACUACCUGUCUGCAUUCGUAAGGUAAGAUUCUAUACUAUUUACUCGCCUACAGUUCGAGAGUCUAGUGAUAGCUCCCAUUAAAAUCUCGCCACGAUUCGCAUGCCAAAUUUUUCAACGGCGUAACAAUGGAUGUCGAAAAGAUUAUACGUGAGAGAAAUAAAUAUUACGAUGUAUAAAUGAGAUGAGAGUAUAACUUUUGUGUAUUUAUGAUUGAUAGUUCUUUUGUUGUUCUUUUGUUUCUCCGCUUUUUGGAGCAUCGCGAAUUUUUCUCCAGUAAAAUCUAUUCAUGAAUUAUUUUGCGCAGAUUUUAUUCGCAAUUUCAUUUGUUCGCAAAUCUUUUAUGUACAUGUAUGUAGAAAAUCGGGUAGCGACGAGAGAGCGUUUAUUAUUAUUAUAUUUUAUUACUACUGUUAUUAUAUAUAUUGCUAUAAUUAUUAUCGCUCCCGUAUCUAUUUUAUUCAUAUUAUCAAGAUAGAAAACGAAUACGUAACAAUUCAACCCUAAAACUUUUGUAAACUCGAUCAAUACUCGUUAGAUCUAUCGAAACAUCUUGUAUUCGCAUCUUGUGUAAUAAAUAGUGUUGUAAUAAUAUAUA